GGAAAUCGAGCGCUCUGAUUGGACAGCGAUUGAGAUAUGGGCGUGGCAUGUGGGGAAGCCUGGAAGAACACAAACACAGCGGAGGUGCGCAGGGGCAAGAGAAACGCAGAGAAAGUGACAUUUAAAUAAUUUCGUGCGCUCCAUGUGAAUUGUACUUGAUUCAUUUGAUUCUACAUGAGCAAAUGAACACGACGAAGUGUAAUGAUGAGCGCGCACUCACUAAAGAGAGCUUAUAAGAUUUACUUUACACAUGCUUUAUGAAAAAAAAAAUCUUUGUAUUAUUUGAUACUGUGACUGAAAUAGGGAAGUUGAAGCAUGGGAUCGAAGUUAACCAGACAAAGUAGUUUGGACAGCCAGGCGACUUUCUUUCGGAAGGGACGACAGCAUCAUGAGCGGGAUGUGGAGAAGAGGACAGGAGGAAGAGGAGAGUUUGUAUUCAGUUCACUGAUGCUCAAGUCCGACAAGCUCCCCGGAAUGCUGCGCAAAUCCAGUCCCAGCCCAUAUGUCCGGAGAGUGGCUUGGGUUCGGGAGAUCCAAACCCUGCUGAAGGAGCAGAAGGUGGAACAAGCCAUCGAUGUGUUAAAACUGCUUAGAAAGGACCUGGGUCUUGAAGGAACAUCUCUCAACGAAAUCCUCUACAAGAACGCUGCCUUCCUGAACCUAGUGGAUCCAAUUUCCCAUGAGCUUUUGCUCAGUUUGGCCCGAGACAUGCAGUGUCCAAAGAGGGAGUCUGAUGCUCUCAAGUCCUCUGAGAAGAUCUGCAGGCAGCUGAUCUAUCACCUGACCCCUCACUCCAAGUGGAGCAGACAGAACGUGCCCAGGAGGAAGUCUCAAGCCUGUCUAAAAACUACACUGAAAAAGAAAUUAACAAACGAUACCGUGGAUCUGUCUGGUAUCCCUCUCUCUAGCCGUGAUCUACAUCGUGUGGCAUACUACCUUCAGAACAAUGGUUCAUCUGUGACGGCAGUGGACAUCAGCUUCACAGAGCUCCAAGAUGAGUGCUUGCGACUUCUUUUACCAUUCUUAGGAGUGCUACCCAAACUCACCACGCUUGCAAUCAACGGUAACCGACUGACUGUAGCUAUCCUUAAAGACCUGAUAGAGGUGGUUAAGGACCCCAAAAAGUUUCCCAGUUUGGCCUGGGUGGACCUGGGCAACAAUGUGGAUAUCUUUACUGUGCCUCAGCCGUUGCUGGUCGCCCUACGCAGACGCUUUGGAAUGAGAAGCAGCCUACCUACCAUCUACGAAUACAGUGAGGGUCAAGGCAGCAACUACUUCCUAGAGACUUCUACUGAGGAAAUAAGUGUGUUUGAGGAGGAAGAGGAGGAUGAAGAGGGUGAGCUGGAAGACCAUCUGGUGCUGGAACCCUGGAGUGUAGAAGAGAAAAACACGUUGCAUUACUGUGAAAGGUGAUGCACUCUGCUGUUCCUUGUGGUAUUGUUCUUUUGUUAUUCUAACACUACAAAUAAAGGUUCAGUGUAUCAACAUUGUAAAAGCAUUAAGCACCCGUUUGCCACAAAACCUAAAUGGAGUGCCAUGAGACAAAAACUGGUUAUGUAAAGUUGGUUCCUGGAGGUGGGAUUUUGAAAGAAUGGAGAGGGGGAGAAAGGUCAGGACCUGUUCCUCACUCCCACAAACUUUAUUCUUUAGUCCAAAUGCUACAGAAAGCACGAGAGAAUCUGUUGUUUACAACAUUAAACUCAAAAUUAGGGUCUGACCACACAUAAAAAAUAACAGAACAAGACAAAUUUGUAAGACAUAAAACAUCUACCAGCCACAUCAGUAACUUUCAAGCUUCUGAUGUGAAACGUUCACGUUUGGCUUGUGACAGAUACGGCCAAAUGCUCCCCUCUGAGAAAGCUUUUGUCCAGGGUAGAUUUGCCUCAAUUAGAUGAGCACAGAGAGCGAGAAGAGGUGAGAGAAGAGAGAAAAAAGGCUGCUAGAGUGCCUUCGGGCUAGAAGAGAUACUGAUGUCUGUGUGUUUGCAUGUGUGUGUGAUGUUUUUCUGUGGAAGCUUAUGAUGCAAAUGUAGCUUUAGCCAGAGCUCAUUAAACAGUACACACAGGCAGCUGCUUUUUUUUUUUUUUUUUUCAUUAAAUCGCAUCCAGGUUGCAACAAGGGAUGGCAUUAUAAGACACAUAAGCAGCUGGCAAUGUUUCAUCAGCGCAAAAAAAAUUUGUAAUGUCACAGUGAAAUUGAUUUUAGUGUUUUUAUAGAAAAAUUUAGUUUGGUUCAUGUCAGUAUUUUGUAUUUUUUAAACAAAUUUGAUGUAACAGAGUUCAUUUAUUAAUUAUUAAUGCUGUGUGUGUGCAAAUGCACAAGUGCACAUAAAUGUGUCUUUUUGAGUUGUUUUGUGAUGCCCUUUGCUCCACAGGUGGUUUUUCCUUUACAGACGCAUGUCUGAUUUGUACGUUACGUGACAGGCUUUUCUAGUUGGUUGGUCAUCUCCAGGUUUUUUUUUAUGUUUAUGACAAUUUUCAUUGUAGUUCAAAGAUAAUGUGUUCAGUUAUAGUAUAAAUAUCACAAACAGUGUGACGCUAAUAGCUUGGAGCACCUGGAUGUUCUUUUCCUUUCUGUUUUAUAAUAAACACUAAUGAAUGAUUGUUCUUGCUGUGUGAAAUAAACUCUGUUUGUAAAAAGA